GCCCGUUAUGAUCUUCAACCCCGGGUCUUGCAAUCCCAUCCAUCCCUGAAUUUGUUUCGCUUCCUUUCUCUUCAAGCAACAAAAACAACACUUCACAGUUGUAGAAUCCAGUCGCAGGUUUCGUUUGCUGCCGACUGGUGCGUGGUUUUGUUUCUCGCACUCUUUCAGUCUUUUACCUUAUCGUCCUUCGUUCUUGCCUUUGUUCGGCAAGGGCGGAUCAUUUUCAACGCCUUUUUGUCCGCCAGGGUCACUAUCUCCCUUGUUCUCAACCUUCGUUUCGAUACCUCACCACAUUCGUCAGAAUGAAGGGCUUCACCGCAGCUGCUUUGGCAGGAGCUGCGCUUUUCCUUACGGCAAAAGCAGACGUCGAUCCUAUUGUGAUCAAGGGCUCCAAAUUCUUCUAUCAAACGAAUGGAACUCAGUUCUACAUCCGAGGCAUUGCCUAUCAACAGGAUUACCUUGGAAAUGGCACUACCGCUGGAUCAUCUGGUGGUAGCAACAGUUACGUUGACCCCCUCGCCGACUCUGCCGCUUGCAAGAGAGACAUUCCCUACCUCCAACAGCUGAGAACGAACACCGUCCGUGUCUAUGCGAUCGAUCCUACGAAGAACCAUGACGCCUGCAUGACCGCGCUGGCUGACGCUGGCAUCUAUGUCAUUGCCGAUCUGGCUGCUCCUGGCCAGUCCAUCAUUCGAGACAGCCCAUCGUGGAAUGACGACCUCUACGGCCGUUACACUUCGGUAGUGGAUGCAAUGGCAAACUACACAAACACCCUGGGUUUCUUUGCGGGCAACGAGGUCUCAAACAACAGCACCAACACCGAUGCAAGCGCUUUUGUCAAGGCUGCCGUCCGUGAUAUGAAGGCAUACAUAAAACAAAAGAACUACAGGCCUCUGGGUGUCGGCUAUGCGACGAACGACGAUGCAGACAUCCGCGAAAACUUGGCCAACUACUUCGACUGCGGCCAGUCUUCCCAGUCAAUUGACUUCUGGGGUUACAACAUCUACUCUUGGUGUGGUGAUUCUAGCUACACGGAAUCCGGCUACGAUGUGCGCACCAAGGAGUUCUCCACCUACAAUGUCCCUGUCUUCUUUGCCGAGUACGGUUGCAAUACGGUCCAGCCUCGCAAGUUCACCGAGGUUCAGGCCUUGUAUGGCGACCAAAUGUCUCCAGUCUGGUCUGGUGGAAUCGUCUAUAUGUAUUUCCAGGAAGCGAACAACUAUGGUCUCGUCAGUGUCGACGGAAACUCCGUCAGCACAUUGGACGACUUCAACUAUCUGUCCUCCCAACUGGCCUCGAUUGAUCCCACAGGAGUCAACUCCGCGAGCUACACCCCAACCAACACUGCCGCCGCGGCUUGCCCAACUGUUGGCAGCGACUGGCAGGCUUCGUCGAAUCUUCCUCCUACGCCAAACGAGCAGCUCUGUGACUGCAUGUUCAAGGCUCUUAGCUGUGUUCCAGACAAUGUCUCUAACGACGGUGUUGGUGAUUUGUUUGGCGUGGUAUGUGGUCUAGGUCAAGGAACUUGUGCUGGCAUCACGGCGAAUGGAACUGAGGGAGUGUACGGGGCUUAUGCCAUGUGUAACCCCUCUCAACAACUUGGAUUCGCACUAAACAACUACUACCAACAACAACUGUCUGCUGGUAGCGGCGCAUCGGCUUGUGACUUCUCGGGAUCUGCGAAGACGCAGUCCCCUGUCAACCCAACCGGCACUUGCAGUAAACUGAUCAGCCAGGCUGGUAGUGCAGGCACUGGCACCGUCACAUCGCAACCAAGCGGCACCGGCAGCUCUGGAUCUGGCUCCGGCUCCGGCAGCGGUGGCAGCUCAAAAAGCUCCAGUGCUGGUAUGCCUAGCUUUUCUACACCUGCCCAUGUUGGUCUCCUGCAAGCCGUGUCCUUCCUCGCUGUUGCAUUCGUGUCCGGUGCGGGCAUGAUCUUGUUGUAGGUGAGAUGGGGUUGUCACAAUAUCGAGUUGUUUCUUUAUUGAAUCAUGUUCAUGGGGGUCCCCGACUUCUCUCUGGGUGGGCUUGGGCACAAUGCACAAGUUGUCCAUUCAGGCAUGUAAUCUCGAGGCAUUGGAAGCCGGCUAGCGUUGCGAUUGAAUUGUUUAGAUUUGUAGCUGAAGAAAAUUGAAUCCCCUUUGAUAUACAUUGGA